CUGGACUUGCCGAUGGUUUGGUUCAGGGCGGAGUCAUUGGAUCCGCGGGGGAGUUGCCUGACCGGUACAUGCAGGCUGUGGUUGCUGGCACUGCCGCCUCUGGCAUCCUUGUUUCUCUGCUAAGAAUCUUGACCAAAGCGGUUUAUCCACAAGACGCUCAAGGGCUGAGGAAAAGUGCAAACCUUUAUUUCAUCGUUACCAUUGCUGUGAUGGCACUGUGCAUUAUUUUUUACAACGUAGCACACAAACUCCCAGUGAUUCAAUACUACAAUCAACUUAAAGCUCAGGCAGUGAAUGAGGAGAAAGAAGAGAAGGGCAACUUGGGAACCACCAAGUUAUGGAUAUCAACCUUGGGGGACGUUUUCGGGACAAUAAAGUGGUAUGGGUUUGGCAUCCUCAGUAUAUAUAUUGUAACAUUAUGCAUUUUCCCUGGAUAUAUCACGGAGGACGUGCAUUCUAAGAUUCUCAGUGAUUGGUAUCCAGUCCUGUUAAUCACAUGCUACAAUGUGUUUGAUUUGGUUGGCAAGUCCUUAACAGCUGUUUAUACUAUUGGGGAUGCAAAGGCUGCUAUAGCUGCCUCCUUUGCUAGGUUGUUGUUUCUGCCUCUUUUCUAUGGUUGCUUGCACGGACCCGAGUUCUUUAGGACUGAGCUUCCAGUUAUGGUACUGACAUGCCUUUUGGGACUUACAAAUGGAUACCUAACUAGUGUGUUGUUCAUACUGGCUCCCAAAACUGUCCUGUUGCAACAUGCAGAGACAGCAGGGCUGGUUCUAGUGCUGUUCUUGGUGAUUGGGCUGGCUGUUGGUUCUAUCUUAUCCUGGUUCUGGGUCAUAUAGUGUUAUGGGAGUUCUUUUCACUUUUAGUUCCGUCUUUAGUCUCUGACUAUUGUGACAAAUUCAUUUGGUCCUUCGACUAGUGACACUUUUUCCUCCACUUAGUAUUAUGUCGAGAGUCAUUACAAGUGUUAUCACAAUAGUCGAGGUAUCAAAAGUGUGUGAUAAAAAGUUACUGACACAGUAAUGGGAGGGAAGUGGGAAAAACUGAGGUCCCUGUCAAUUGUAAAAUAAAUGUCCUUCCAUUGGUGUAGUCAGGAUGAAUGUAUCUUUAUUUCCCUUGUGUUUUAGUACACAUGUAUGUGCCAAUUGUUCUCUUAUACUUUGUACUACGUAUUAGACUUGGAAACUUCAUAGUUCAUAUCUUCAUAUACCAGGUUAUGAUAACCUCGUGGCGGG